CGCUGGCUUUUGCUCCCAGGAUGCUUCGCGCCGGCCGCGCCUUGCGAUUGGCUAAACCGCGCAGGCGGCGGCGGUUGCCGGGGUGACGGAGCUCGGACCCGCGAGUGCCGUGUUGGCUGCCGAGCCGCAGGGUAACCCGCUGGCCUGUCACUGCAAGGUCGCCAGGAGCUGUCGGAGGAGUCCCAUUCCCUGCCCUGCUGGGAAGCCUUUCGGUGACACAAACGCUGGUCUCAUCUGCUGGCCUCGCGGGGACUGUGCUGCGGACUGGCGGUGCCAUGGGCGACGUCCUGGCUCACGAGUCGGAGUUGCUGGGUCUAGUCCAAGAGUAUUUAGAGUUUGCUGAGUUUGAGGACACGUUGAAAACAUUUUCGAAAGAAUGCAAAAUGAAAGGAAAACCAUUCAGUAAAGCAGCAGGCAGCUCCUUGAGGGUCUCUGGAUCAUCAGCUGUUCAGGAGGAGCUCCUGGCUGCCUUCGAUGACGGGGACCAGAAGACCUUCUUCCGCCUGUGGGAGCAGCGCGUGCCCCGCGCAGUCCGGGACGGGGACGCCCCGGCGCAGAGGCUGGAGUUCUACCUGCACAUCCACUUCGCCGUCUACCUGCUCAAAUACCGCGCUGGGCCGCAGGACAAGCGAGAGCUAGAUGAGCGGAUUUCAUACUUCAGAUCCUUCCUGGAGACCAGAGGGGCGGCGCUGAGCCAGACCACGGAGUUCCUGCCCUUCUAUGCCCUCCCCUUCGUGCCCAACCCCCUGGCACACCCAUCUUUUAAGGAGCUCUUCCAGGAUUCCUGGACUCCGGAGUUAAAGUUAAAGCUGGAGAAAUUUCUAGAGUUAAUUUUUAAAGCCAGUAACACACCCAAGCUUUUAACAAUCUAUAAGGAGAAUGCACAGCACAACAAAGAAACCCUGCAGCGGCUGCACCAGCAGCUGGUGGAGGCCGAGCGCCGGUCCAUGACGUACCUGAAGCGAUACAAUAAGAUCCAGGCCGACUACCACAACCUCAUCGGGGUCACGGCUGAGCUAGUGGACUCACUGGAGGCCACAGUCAGCGGCAAAAUGAUCACCCCUGAGUACCUGCAGAGCGUCUGCGUCCGUCUCUUCAGCAGCCAGAUGCGGCAGAGCCUGGCACACAGCGUGGACUUCACCAGGCCCGGCACGGCCUCAACUAUGCUGCGUGCCUCCCUGGCCCCGGACAGGAAACUACAGGACAUGCCCCUGCUGCCCUCCCUGGAUUAUGAGAAGCUGAAGAGGGAUUUGAUUUGGGGGAGCGACCGUCUGAAAGCCUUCCUUCUCCAGGCGCUGCGCUGGCGCCUGACCACGUCGCACCCCGGGGAGCAGCGGGAGACCGUGCUGCAGGCCUACGUCAGCAACGACCUCCUGGACCUUCGCAGCCGCAGCCAGAGGACCGUGCUGCAGCUGCUGCACUCCAAGAGCGAGGUGGUCCGGCAAUACAUGGCCCGACUUGUCAACGCCGUGGCCUCUCUGGCCGAAGGUCGUCUCUACCUGGUCCAGAACGUGCAGGUGCUGCGGCUGCUAGAGGGCAGGCUGAAGGAGGACAAGGACGUGGUCACCCGCGAGAACGUUCUUGGGGCCCUGCAGAAGUUCAGCCUCAGGCGCCCGCUGCAGACAGCGAUGAUCCAAGACGGCCUGGUCUUCUGGCUGAUCGAGAUGCUGAGGGAGCCCGACUGCCUGUCCGACUACACCCUGGAGUACGCAGUGGCCUUGCUCAUGAACCUGUGUCUCCGCAGUGCGGGGAAGAACGCAUGUGCCAAGGUGGCAGGCCUGGUGCUCAAGGUGCUAUCAGAUCUCCUCGGCCACGAGAACCACGAGAUACAGCCUUAUGUGAAUGGAGCUCUGUAUAGCAUCCUUUCCAUUCCGUCCAUUCGGGAAGAGGCCAGAGCAAUGGGUAUGGAGGAGAUCCUGCGCUGCUUCAUCAGAGAGGGCAGCGCCGAGAUGGUCCGCCAGAUAGAGUUCAUCAUCAGGCAGCUCAACUCUGAGGAGCUACUGGACGGUGCUCCUGAGUCUGAUGACGAUGAGGAGGAGCAGGAGGAGGAGCAGGAGGACCAUGACACCAUGGAAGCUGACCUGGACAAGGACGAGCUGAUCCAGCCCCAGCUUGGGGAGCUCUCGGGGGAGAAGCUGCUGACCACAGAGUACCUGGGGAUCAUGACCAACACGGGGAAGGCACGGCGGAAGACACUGGCCUGCGUGCGGCGGAGCAGGGACGAGCCCCUGUGCAGGCCGGUCACCCCCGGCGGCCACCGGACCGGGGGCCCUGUGCUUGAGGACCAUCUCACUUCUCCCCAGAGCACCCAGCAGGCCAGACAUGAGUGCACGAGGGCCUUGUGGGCCGUGCCCCAGGCCAGCUACGUGGAACCCACAUCCAGGGUCCCUGAGCACCUCCCGCCCUCGCCAUGGUCUUGCUAAGUUUCUCACACUGGAUUCAGACUUGCAAUCCUCCUGCCUCAGCUUCCCAGAGUGCUGGGAUUACAAGCGUGCACCAUGUGGCCUGGCUUCGAACAACACAGCAGUGUAGCUCCAGGCCCAGGGCCUCGGCACCUCCACAGCUUGGUCAGCUGCCAGUCAGAACUGGCGUCGGGGAGCAGACGGCUCUGGACUCAGGCAUACAAUCAAGUUAGUCAGAGAACGAGGGGGGAUAAAGGUUGUUUUUUUUUUUUUUAAGAUUCCAGAAAGAAAAAAGUAUUUUGAACCAAAAACGUACAAAGUAUUUGUUUUUAAUUUUGGGGAGGAAAUUGAAAGGAUGCUGAGCAGCACAGAUAAGCCUCCAAUUUCCACUCAGAUAGGAAAGCGGUGGCGGGGCCACUCGGUGCCAGGUGGGGCGCAUCUGCUGCUGGCCCGAGAAGCCACGGCUGCCAGAGCUGGGCCCUAUGCCGGUUCAGAGUGGGGCGCAAAAAGGGGACUGGGCUGGGGGUCCUGGGCCACCUCAGAGGUUUCACCAGCCGAGCUGGGGCGUGGCUCGGCUACUUUGCUUUCAGGAAGGGAUCGGCUCCCUCCUCUGCCCUGAGGCCGAGGUCUCCAGUAGGCUGAGAAGUUUUGAUCAAAAGCCCGAUGAGGGGGGCUGGGGAUUUAGCUCAGUGGCAUAAGUGCCUGCCUUGCAA